ACGCGCGCGGCUCCGGGAGGCGGCGGCGGCGGAAGCGGCGAGGGCGGCGGGCGUCCGGCUCUGAGGAGGUGGAAGCAGCGGCGGCGGCUCGGGACUGGGCUCGGCUGGCAGGAGCGAGGAUCGGGGCGCCGAGCCGAGCGCCGAUCCCCUGGCUGGACCACCCGCCCGCCGCCCAGACGCCUGGGCCGCGGAGUUUGUGUCCCGGCUCGGACCCCGGCGCCCAGCCCGGAGCCGUAACCUUGAGGCGGCGGCGGCGGGGCCGGGCCGGGCCGGGCCGGGGGGCGGCGGCGCUGGAUCCGCGGCUGCCCGAUCGUUGGCGGGAGAUGUCGAACCCCGGGACGCGCAGGAACGGCUCCAGCAUCAAGAUCCGUCUGACAGUAUUAUGUGCCAAGAACCUUGCAAAGAAAGACUUCUUCAGACUCCCUGACCCUUUUGCUAAGAUUGUUGUGGACGGCUCUGGGCAGUGCCACUCAACUGACACUGUGAAAAACACAUUGGACCCAAAAUGGAACCAGCACUAUGAUCUAUAUGUUGGGAAAACUGAUUCUAUAACCAUCAGCGUAUGGAACCACAAGAAAAUACACAAGAAACAGGGAGCUGGCUUCCUGGGUUGUGUGCGGCUGCUCUCCAAUGCCAUCAGCAGAUUAAAAGAUACCGGCUACCAGCGUUUGGAUCUAUGCAAACUAAAUCCCUCAGAUACUGAUGCAGUUCGUGGCCAAAUAGUGGUCAGUUUACAGACGCGAGACAGAAUAGGCACUGGAGGGUCGGUGGUGGACUGCAGGGGACUGUUAGAAAAUGAAGGAACGGUGUAUGAAGACUCGGGACCCGGGAGGCCGCUCAGCUGCUUCAUGGAGGAGCCGGCCCCCUACUCAGAUGGUACUGGUGCUGCCGCAGGUGGAGGGAACUGCAGGUUUGCAGAGUCCCCAAGUCAAGAUCAAAGGCUUCAAGCUCAACGGCUUAGAAAUCCGGAGGUCCGAGGUUCACUACAGACGCCCCAGAACCGACCACAUGGCCACCAGUCACCAGAACUGCCGGAAGGCUAUGAACAGAGAACGACAGUACAAGGGCAAGUUUACUUUUUGCACACACAGACUGGAGUUAGCACGUGGCAUGACCCCCGGAUACCCAGAGACCUUAACAGUGUGAAUUGUGAUGAACUCGGACCACUGCCACCAGGUUGGGAAGUCAGAAGUACAGUUUCUGGGAGAAUAUAUUUUGUAGAUCAUAAUAACCGAACAACCCAGUUUACAGAUCCAAGGUUACACCACAUCAUGAAUCACCAGUGCCAACUAAAGGAGCCCAGCCAGCCGCUGCCGCUGCCCAGUGAAGGCUCCGUGGAGGACGAGGAGCUUCCUGCCCAGAGAUAUGAAAGAGAUUUAGUCCAGAAACUCAAAGUCCUCAGACACGAGCUGUCACUUCAGCAACCCCAAGCUGGUCAUUGCCGAAUUGAAGUUUCCAGAGAAGAAAUAUUUGAGGAGUCCUAUCGUCAGAUCAUGAAGAUGCGCCCAAAGGACCUGAAAAAGCGACUCAUGGUGAAGUUCCGCGGGGAGGAGGGCUUGGACUACGGUGGAGUGGCACGGGAGUGGCUUUAUUUGUUGUGCCAUGAAAUGUUGAAUCCAUAUUAUGGACUCUUCCAGUAUUCAACGGACAAUAUUUACAUGUUACAAAUCAACCCAGAUUCUUCAAUCAACCCUGACCAUCUGUCCUAUUUCCACUUUGUGGGUCGGAUCAUGGGUCUGGCUGUGUUCCAUGGACACUACAUAAAUGGGGGUUUCACAGUUCCCUUCUACAAGCAGCUUCUGGGGAAACCCAUCCAACUCUCUGAUCUGGAAUCAGUGGACCCAGAACUUCACAAGAGCUUGGUGUGGAUCCUAGAGAAUGACAUCACCCCUGUGCUGGAUCAUACCUUCUGCGUAGAGCAUAAUGCUUUUGGGCGGAUUCUUCAGCAUGAACUGAAACCCAAUGGCAGAAAUGUGCCUGUCACAGAGGAGAACAAGAAGGAAUAUGUCCGGUUGUACGUAAACUGGAGGUUCAUGAGAGGAAUCGAAGCUCAGUUCUUGGCGCUCCAGAAGGGCUUUAAUGAACUCAUCCCUCAGCACUUACUGAAGCCCUUCGACCAGAAGGAGCUAGAGUUGAUAAUAGGAGGCCUGGAUAAGAUCGACCUGAACGACUGGAAGUCCAACACGCGGCUGAAGCACUGUGUGGCCGACAGCAACAUCGUCAGGUGGUUCUGGCAGGCGGUGGAGACCUUUGAUGAGGACCGCAGGGCCAGGCUGCUGCAGUUUGUGACCGGCUCCACGAGAGUCCCGCUCCAGGGCUUCAAGGCUCUGCAAGGUUCUACAGGCGCGGCAGGGCCCCGGCUGUUCACCAUCCACCUGAUCGACGCAAACACAGACAACCUGCCCAAGGCCCACACUUGCUUUAACCGAAUCGACAUCCCACCCUAUGAGUCCUAUGAAAAACUCUACGAGAAACUGCUGACGGCGGUGGAGGAGACCUGCGGGUUUGCCGUGGAGUGAAGAGCGUGCUGCGCAAGGCCGCAGAGUCUCACUCAUGACCACCAGACCAAAAGCAUAUAGCUUCCGUGUGCCUCCUGCAAAGCUGGCUGAGGCCUGGAGUCCUGGACAACCUGAGGGAAAAGGCUUGUCCCCCUCCUUCUUGUUGGCAGAGGGAGGGGGCAGGGGACUUUCGUAGGUGGCUCCCACCAUAUAUCCCUCCUUUAUUAUCGUCCUCCCCGCCCCCCAUCACCCAUCCAAUAAAACAGCCAGGUUUUGCCCGUGCCUCGGUGACACAUGGUGAAAAGGCUCAUGGCCCUGUGCUCUUCAUAGGAGCGCUGACCCAAGUUGGGCUGAGCUGGGUCCAUGGAGGGUUGGCCUGGUAGCUCUACCAGCUUUUCCCUCUCAACACAGCCUCCAGGCCCCUGUUCAAGUUCAGCAGUUGCCGGAUACCCAGCCAGAGCUCAGAUUUCCAAUUUCACAUCCCAGCAGCCUGUUGCGGGCAGCAGAUUAUUUUCUACCUGAAAAAUAACUGUACAGUGUAUGCUUAUAGGAAUUCUGUCAUGGCAGGAAACUUGAAUCAAAAUGUGUUUUCCUUUUGAGAGUAAAGGAAUCCGAGCAGUUUUCACUGAGGCCCAGGGUUUUAUUCAGGGUAUCCUGGCUGAAAAGUUUGUUUUGCACAGAGAAAAACUAUCUUUCCUUUUAAGAGUCCCUUUUGCUGCAUUCUCUAUCCCGUUUGAAAUUCAUUCUGGUGAAAACACCACAUAACAGAGCUUAGUAAAGAACAGACCAAAAUCAGCCUCAGAUCCAGCCACUGGGUCCGGAGCUGACUCCUUCCUGUGCCUGGUUGUGCGUGGAGAGGCGUCCACUGUGUCUCCUGAAAUGUUAACAAACUUUCAUGUGGUAUCGCUAAGAGCUAAACUAACAAAACAAUCCUGUGACCAGAGCUGCUGGCCUGGUGCAAACCAGCUGAAAAUGGAGAGGGGGACAGUGGCCUUGCUGGGAAGAGGGCGUGGGUGCGACCUGUUACCAUGGGGUGGGGACAACUCCUCGCGAACCGGUUGGCCCUUUUCCUCAGUGGCAAUGGUGACACUAGCAAUUGCACUUGAUUCUCCUGCCCACGUGUCUCAACGUGAUGAACAAGGCCCAAGCCAGCCCAGACUCAAGGCUUCUAACACCAUUUCCUGUUUGCACGAAAGUUCCAACAGUGUUUUAUUUCAGCAGAGUGGCCUGGUUCCAGAUGGCUAAGCUUCUGUGGAAGACAACAACAACGCAUUUCCUCUCUGGCUUUGUGGUGGUUGCUCUGGUUUGGGGGUGGGGGCGAGUACAGGGUAAUUCAUUAGUAAGACAUUUCACUGCUGUUGAAGUUUGAGUUCAGCAUCGGGCUCCAGCUGUGGUCUGGGGUGGAGCAGGAUGGCCCUGGUGGACACUUAUUGUUGUUACUGUUACCCUUGGACUGGUGGGUGUGGAGGAAGGUAUAGCCUCCCACAUCCUGCCCCGAUUCCCCUGCUCACCCUGGAAGCAGUCUGGUUUGAUGUGGGGAACACGUGGACUUCUUAGGUCACAGACCCUCCCAUCCCAAGGUUUUCCCAGUUCCACAGCUGCAUUUUAGACACCUGAGGUUCUGGGACAGAAAGGAUGCUGGGUGGGAUUCUCUGCAGAAGGGAAGUUGAAUCCGUGCAAACGUCCAGGCCAGCUUGUGGCCUUAGUCUCUUUCAAUUUCUGCCUUACCCCUGUAGGGCUCACCCUGUGUCUCAUUCACCCCGAUGCUUUUGAGGGCAUUUUAGAAACUGGUUCCAAGAUGACUCCACCCGGUCUUCCCAUCUGAUCUCCUUCUUGAACAGGGAAGUAAAAACGGCAGGCCCCCCAGAAAGACCUGCUCUGUGACCUGAGCCCAGAUUCUGGGAGGUGGACAAGACAUGCAGAGUUGAAGCAACACCUCCAGAUUUUCUGGCUGUGGAUCCUGAACCUGUGGUGGUUGGGAAGGAAACGGUCUGUGGUUUAAGAACGUGCAGCAGGAACUUGGCCUUUAAACUACCUUCCUGCUGUUGGGAAGAGUGGGGGAGGAUCCUUAGAUACUGUGGUCCACAUCUGUCUCUGUGACCGAGAUCCAGAGUUCCCUGGGCUGGCCCGCUACACCUCGAGUUCUGUCGCGGGGUUUCUGCUCGGCUUUGCCACUUGCACUUGUGCGUGGUCUGCCUCUCCCCUCAGCGCUACCAUCAGCUGCGUCAGACCUACCCAGGGUGCCUCUGCUCUGUCCACAGCCUGUCGGUGGCAUUGCACUUGCAGAGUCUGAACAAAACAACCCAAAGGACAGUGUGAGAAGCCCCUGGGAAAAGCUCCUGGUUGCCCCCUUUGGGUCUGUGUGAAGCCCUUGUAUGUGUGACUCGUUUGUCAUCCCUCCCGGUGGUCCCAGGCGACCCACCUGCCCCACCUUGCCUCUCGCCUCCUUGCCCAGACGCUUCAGGGGCCCAACUUUCCAGGCUCGCCCUCACCAGCGGCCGUCAGCCGACACUCAGGGAUGUGGCGAACACCACUCUGCAGCGCUUGGGUAGGAAAACUGAGGCAGCCGCGGGGCAGCCUAGGGCGACAGCAGAUAGCGCUGUCUUGAUUUCUGAAAGGAGAAUCUGCCACUAGAUGGAAUUUUGACUCCUAAGCUGACUCAGCCGCAUGGGCCAAAUUCAGGUGAGGUGGCCUCAACUCUGAGAUGUCAGGAAUGGCCUUCUGCAGAGCGCAUGCCCUGCCCCCACCUGCAGCAGGUGUGUGCACACAGCAGCCUUCCCGAAACAUAGUGUGGAUUUUUAGAAUUUGUUUAUUUUUGUUUCUCAACCACUUUAUAAUGUAUUUUUUAAUUUAUUUUGUAAUGUCUUGUUUUUAAGUAUUGCUGCUAUCCUUGUUAUUCUUCCCACUGUUUUUAUUGCUGAUUUAUUUUGUGAAAGUUGUACACUAAUGUUCUGUUUUAUGUCAAAAUCAAAAGUAUUUAAAAGAAAUACUAGUUCUAUUUAAUGUGGUUAUGGAACCAGCUGGAAACACAAGCAGCGAUCACACAGCAGGCUGGCCCCGGGAGGUUCAUUUUGUUACAUAUGCAAUAAACUCACGACUUUACAGUU